GAGUGUGACCUGGUGAUUAGUAUAUUUGGAUUAUUCCUGACUUGGUGUUCUGUUGGGUUCCUGAUCCUACCCUUAAUCCUUCACUGUCUACUCCACCCUAGAGGAGUGUGACCUAGUCUAUCCGAUAGUAGAUUUGGGUGAUUCCUGACUUGGUAUUCUGCUCCCACCCUUCCCUUCGGGGUGGAGUACAAUGAAUUGAGUUUGGGGUAGGAUCAGGGACCCAACAGGGGGGAGGCAGGGGGCAGGGCCUCCUUCUCCUCCUCCUUCUCCUCCUCUUCUUCUUGAUCCUCCUCCUCCUCCCCCUUCCCCUGCCUGGCUUUGCCUCCUCCUCCUCCUCCUUGGGAAGGGUGUUUGGAGGGCAACGGGCAGCCCAGCCCCGUGCCCCCUGAAAAGCCCCGCAGCGCCUCUCUUUAUGAUCAGCUCGGUGUGCGUGUCCUCCUACCGUGGGCGCAAGUCGGGGAACAAGCCUCCGUCCAAAACAUGUCUGAAGGAGGAGAUGGCCAAGGGCCAGGCGUCGGAGAAGAUCAUCCUCAACGUCGGGGGCACACGACAUGAGACCUACCGUAGCACCCUCCGCACCUUGCCUGGCACACGCCUCGCCUGGCUGGCCGACCCCGACGGUGGAGGAGGUGGUGGCCGGCCAGAGUCCGACGGUGGAGGCGGUGGUGGUGGCUGUGGCAGUGGCAGUGGCGGUGGCGGCAGCUGCGAGUUCUUCUUCGACAGGCACCCUGGGGUCUUCUCCUAUGUGCUCAACUACUACCGCACGGGCAAGCUGCACUGUCCAGCAGACGUGUGUGGGCCCCUCUUCGAGGAGGAGCUCACUUUCUGGGGGAUAGACGAGACCGACGUGGAACCCUGCUGCUGGAUGACCUACCGGCAGCACCGGGAUGCUGAGGAGGCUCUGGACAUCUUCGAGAGCCCAGACGGCAGCGGUGGGGGUGCGGGUCCUGGAGAGGAUGUGGAUGAGGAGGAAAGGGAGCUGGCCUUGCAACGCCUGGGACCCCACGAAGGAGGCGGUGGCCCUGGCUCGGGGUGCGGGAGCUGGAGGAGCUGGCAGCCCCGCAUUUGGGCCCUCUUCGAGGACCCCUACUCUUCCCGAGCCGCCAGGGUGGUGGCCUUCACCUCUCUCUUCUUCAUCCUGGUCUCCAUCACCACCUUCUGCCUGGAGACACACGAGGCCUUCAACAUUGACCGGAAUGUGACGGAGAUCCACCGGGUGGGGAACAUCACCAGCGUGCGCUUUCGGCGGGAGGUAGAGACCGAGCCCAUCCUCACCUACAUUGAGGGCGUGUGUGUGCUCUGGUUCACCCUGGAGUUCCUGGUCCGCAUUGUGUGCUGCCCCGAUAAGCUGGACUUUGUGAAGAACCUGCUUAACAUCAUCGACUUCGUGGCCAUCCUGCCCUUCUAUCUGGAGGUGGGGCUGAGUGGCCUGUCAUCCAAGGCCGCGAGGGACGUGCUAGGCUUCCUGCGGGUGGUGCGUUUUGUCCGCAUCUUGCGCAUCUUCAAGCUCACACGCCACUUUGUGGGGCUGCGUGUGUUGGGUCACACCCUGCGGGCCAGCACCAACGAGUUUCUGCUGCUCAUCAUCUUCCUGGCUUUGGGGGUGCUCAUCUUUGCCACCAUGAUCUACUAUGCCGAGCGCAUCGGUGCCAGGCCCUCUGACCCACGGGGCAACGACCACACUGACUUCAAGAACAUCCCCAUUGGCUUCUGGUGGGCUGUGGUCACCAUGACAACUCUGGGCUAUGGGGACAUGUACCCCAAGACCUGGUCAGGUAUGCUUGUGGGGGCGCUGUGCGCGCUAGCUGGCGUGCUCACCAUUGCCAUGCCUGUGCCCGUCAUUGUCAACAACUUCGGCAUGUACUACUCCUUGGCUAUGGCCAAGCAGAAGCUGCCCAAGAAGCGGAAGAAGCAUGUGCCCCGGCCGCCCCAGCUCGAGUCACCCAUUUACUGCAAGUCUGAGGGGACUUCUCCCCGGGAGAGCACCUACAGUGAUACCAGCCCCCCAGCCCCAGAAGAGGGUGCGGUAGAGAGAAAACGGGCAGACUCCAAGCAGAACGGAGAUGCCAAUGCGAUGUUGUCGGAUGAGGAGGGGGCUGGCCUCACGCAGCCCCUGGCCUCAGCCCCCACACCCGAGGAGCGCCGGGCCCUCCGGCGAGCUGGCACCCGCGACAGGAACAAGAAAGCAGCAGCCUGCUUCUUGCUCAGUGCAGGGGACUAUGCCUGCGCUGAUGGGAAUGUGCGCAAAGAAGGCACCGUUGAGCCGAAAGCCUGCGUCCCAGUGUCUCACACUUGUGCUCUUUAAACACAGAGACCUGCCAAGACGCCCUCUCGUCCAACUAUGCCCAGGCCGAAGUCCUCACCCUCUCUUAGAGAGGCACCAUCGUGCGAGAGACGGGCAGACAGACAGAGCCAGAGGCUUAGGGAAAAAAACUCUGGAACCCAGGCAAGAAUCUGUCCCUGGGAAGGACUCCAAUAUCCAUGUUUGCGCAGAACUCAUGGAAGAUCUCCCGCGUGCCCUUCUGGGCCCUGAGCCCGGGGCGGGUGUGUUCUGUUGUUGUACAUUGCAGAGAUAUCUAUAUGCACACACAUAUCUAUAUUCAUACAUCCUGUACUUUGUGUAGUGUACUGCUCCUGGUGGUCUGUCUUUGUUAGGCUGCGUCUCCCCACGCCUCCCCUUUCCUUCUGCUUCCCUGUGCCCUGUUUAUUUCUGGUGAACACAUGUGGAAAUAUCCCAGAAAAAAGAGCAGCCAGGAAUUGCCCAUUUAACUAAGGUGAGGGGGGUGGGGUGGGGGAGCAAAGCUAAACUUUGCCUCUUGUGGGGGUGUUUUCCCCAAACACACACAUUGAUCACUGCCCCACUAGACCCACCCCAGACUGGGGUUCUACCUCCCACUCCAUGCCCCAGUUGUGGGGGGGACUUUGAGGGGCUCCUCUGCUCUUCUGCAGCCGCCCCCCUCCUCCCUCCACCUGUCCUGUGACCUGGACUUGAGGGGGUGUCUUGUACUUUUUCAUUUUUAACUUUUUGUUGUUUCUGUCUCCUUCGUCUGUUUGUUCUCAAAGAUGCUGCUGGGCAGACGGGCAGGGAAGGCAUCUGUCUGCCCACCUGGCUCAGGGGUCUGAGGAGGGGAAGCCUCGGGCGAGUGGAGACCAGUUGCAAUACUCUACUACCUGGCUGCCAGCCAGAGGAUGUGUGCAAUAGCAGAGGCCCGGCAACCCUUCAGCCAUGGUCUCUGCACCCCCCACCCCAACCACCCAUCAGGUCCCUUCCUUGAACCUCCCUGGUAUUGGUCAUUCCCCUGUGUGUGUGUGUGUGUGUCUGUGUGUGUGUGUGUGUGUGUGUGUGUGUGUGUGUCAGAGGCACGCGUAGUCAGGCCUGCCGCCCUGUCCGCAUGCCUUCGACUGUCAUGCUCUUGCUCGAACCCCAAUAAAGACAUCCGGAGCAUU